UGGAAUUAAACAGUUCUGAAUAUAUGCUGAGAUCUGAAUAGUUGUCCCUUUCAGCCAGACGAUUAUAUGCAUUUUUGGGCCAAAUUUCAGACACCAAAAAUUUUCUUUACAAUAUACCAUGAGCCUAGUGCCAAGUCUUUCAGUACUUAACAACAAAAGAGACAGGCAAACCUGAGUUGUAUCAUGUAGCCUUGCUUUAGCUAACAAAAAAGAAAGAAAAAUGGAGAAGAAAAGCCAGGUCAUCUCCUACCUCUCGCUUGUAUUGCUCUAUAAAUACCUUUGUUGGUUCAACCACGUAACAAAGUUAACUAGGCCAUCUGCCUUUGCAACAAGGCCUGACUAACUAAACUAACGAGGACUGCAUAAGCACACAGAUGGGCAUGCCCGAGCAGCCAUGCAGGAGCACGCCCAACUCGUUCACCACCUCCUUCGGCUCCUCCCAGCAGAUGCAUCACCUGCCACAGCACGAUGCUGCGCUCUGCACUGAGCCAGGACUGGGCUUCCCCUACUACUAUGGCACGGACCAGCAGGACGCGGCGUUCGACGGCGACGAGGUAGACCUCGGCUUCCGCGCUUCCAAGGUCACCAAGGUUGACUACUACAGCUCGCCUUACCAGCCAUCAUGGCCGCUGGCUCGUGCCGACGUCGCUGCCGCGGCGGCUGAAUCGUCGCGCGUCAGGAAGCAGAGGUUCCGGGACGUCCUCGAGAGCUGCAAGCAGAAGGUCGAGGCCAUGGAGGCCAUGGAGUCUCCCGUGGCGUUCCAGGAAGGUGAGGACGGGGGUGUUGCAGGGGAUGGUGGUGGUGCCGCGGCCGGCGGCGGCGGGGGUGGAGGUGGUGGUGGCGGCGGCGCCGAUGGCAUGCGCCUGGUGCAGCUGCUGGUCGCCUGCGCCGAGGCCGUGGCGUGCCGCGACCGCGCGCAGGCGGCGGCGCUGCUGCGGGAGCUGCAGGUCGGCGCGCCCGUGCACGGCACGGCGUUCCAGCGCGUGGCGUCGUGCUUCGUCCAGGGCCUCGCGGACCGGCUCGCGCUGGCGCACCCGCCGGCGCUGGGGCCGGCGAGCAUGGCGUUCUGCAUCCCGCCGUCGUGCGCGGGGCGCGACGGCGCGCGCGGCGAGGCGCUCGCCCUGGCGUACGAGCUCUGCCCGUACCUCCGGUUCGCGCACUUCGUGGCGAACGCCUCCAUCCUGGAAGCCUUUGAGGGAGAAAGCAACGUCCACGUGGUGGACCUGGGCAUGACGCUGGGCCUCGACCGCGGCCACCAGUGGCGCGGCCUCCUCGACGGCCUCGCCGCCCGCGCCGGUGCGAAGCCGAAGCGCGUGCGCGUCACGGGCGUCGGCGCACCCCUCGACACUAUGAGAGCCGUCGGCCGCGAGCUCGAGGCCUACGCGGAGGGGCUCGGGAUGCGGCUCGAGUUCCGCGCCGUCGACCGCAGCCUGGAGAGCCUGCACGCCGACGACCUCGGCGUCGCCGCGGACGAGGCCGUGGCCAUCAGCAGCGUCCUGGAGCUCCACUGCGUGGUGAAGGAGAGCCGCGGGGCGCUCAACUCAGUGCUCCAGACCGUCCGGAAGCUGUCGCCGAGGGCGUUCGUGCUCGUGGAGCAGGACGCCGGGCACAACGGGCCCUUCUUCCUGGGCCGGUUCAUGGAGGCGCUCCACUACUACGCGGCGGUGUUCGACGCGCUGGACGCAGCGCUGCCGCGCUACGACGCGCGGCGGGCGCGCGUGGAGCAGUUCCACUUCGGCGCGGAGAUCCGGAACGUGGUCGGGUGCGAGGGCGUGGCGCGCGUGGAGCGGCACGAGCGCGCGGACCAGUGGCGCCGCCGGAUGAGCCGCGCGGGGUUCCAGUCCGUGCCCAUCAGGAUGGCGGCCAGGGCGCGGGAGUGGCUGGAGGAGAACGCCGGCGGCGGCGGGUACACGGUGGCCGAGGAGAAGGGCUGCCUCGUCCUCGGCUGGAAGGGCAAGCCCCUCAUCGCCGCCUCCUGCUGGAAGUGCUAGGCGGCCGCUCGCGGCGUCACGCCGGCAGCUGGAGACGUAUAGGCAGCUGGAGACGUAUACCACCUGUCCACCCAUCAUCGGAUGGAUCUGCGGUGAUUUUAGAUGAAUAAGAGCUCAAGCUUAGAGGUAUAUCCAUGGCAGAUGAGCUCACACAUGCUAUAGCUGUUCGAGCAAAUAUAUGUGCUUGAACACACUUGUAUAAAUAAGGCCCUCAAAUAGUUCUUUGUUGAGUUGUUUUGACAAAUUUUGUGCAGGAACAUUAACCAAUCUGACUGUACAAGGAGAUUUUGACUUUUUGCUGUAACUUACCAACUCUUUCCCCUAUGUCUCUGUCAUGGGGAAUUGAUGUAAUCUUCCAAGGAGGAAUAGAAACUGAUGUUCAUCAUCCA